UUCCCCGUACUCUCUGUUCCUGUCUCUAUGUCUCUCCCUCUCCCCCAUGGCACCCUGAUCAGUGUAGCAUGAAGCUUUUAAUUGAGGCGCAUGUGUAUCAUUCCUGUGAGCUGCGGCAGAUUGGAUUAGCAGAGCGAUGUGUCAUUGAGUUGCCUGACAAAAGACUACCACUGCACGGAGGGAAGUAGAGUGAGAGAGGCAGGCACAGAGAAGUGAGAGAAAAAAUAGGCUGCUCUGGAGGGUUUCUUUUAGAGAACGUUAGGGAACAUUGUGGCAAUGUUUGCCAGGAAUCUGUAGCUUCAUUCCAGAAGAAGACACCGCUUCAAAGGGAUAGGAGUUUAAAAAGGAAUCACAAUACCCGGCACCAUGCUUCUAGGUACACUGUCCCAGGUCAACCCCCUCCUGGCCUCCCUGUCCCUCCCGGGACGGCCCCUCCAGACCCAGCUGGACAUCAAGCACUUCCUGCCGCUCCACGUCAAUGCCUCCUCCUCCUCCCCCCUCAACCUCUUCCCCAACUUCAACAGGUCUGGCUUGUUUUGUGUGCGACAGAUGGACCCGGUCCAGAAGGCGGUUAUCAACCACACGUUCGGCGUGGCACCGCCCAAGAGGAAACAGAUAAUCUCCUGCAACAUAUGUCACCUCCGCUUCAACUCCACCAACCAGGCUGAGGCUCACUACAAGGGCCACAAACACGCACGCAAGCUGAAAGCCAUGGACGCCCAGAGGAACCGUCAGAGGGGCCAGGGCUCCAUGGCAGGGAGGGAGAGAGACAGGGAGAGGGGGAAGACUGGAGUGUCAAAGGCCCUACCAGCACUGAUGGACCCCAGCCUCACAGAGGGAACAGGCCUGCUAUCGGCUCCCCAGCCCCCCACCAGACCGAAGCUGGAUGACACCCUCCAGGGGGUCUCCCCAACCCCUACGCCCGUCUCGGAGACCUCUUCCCUGGACGCCUUGGCCCUCCUCUCCCCCCAGGUCUCCCCUGCUGCCUACCAGCUCUCGGAGCUCACGUCAGACGGUAGCCCUAUGGAGGGUCCCAGCCCGACCCCGGACUCCAACCCGCCGCUGGAGGGCCAGGGGGAGUCCCCAGGGGCACCAGAAGGGGAAGAGGAGACCAGGCAUGGCAAAAAGAGCCCCCCCGCCAAGCAGCACCUCCACUGUCCCAUGUGCAAAGUCACAGUCAACUCCUCGUCCCAGCUAGAAGCCCACUAUAGCGGCUCCAAACACAAGCAGAUGCUGGAGGGCCAGGCGGGUGCUCAGGCGCGACGCCGAGGCAAGGUAAUGUCAUCGCCUAGGCCGACGUGCAGGAGCAAGCAGUCAAUCAGCAGCAAGGCCAGGGUGGGCGUGGCCCUGGCUAGCCAACCAUUCCACUGCGAGAUGUGUGAAGUGUCCGUCAAUUCGGAGACGCAGCUCAAACAGCACAUGAGCAGCAGAAGACACAAAGACCGGUUGUCAGGAAUGCCCCAGAAACCGAAGUUCAGCCCUUAUACUAAGAGCCAGCCAAACCCUGUUUUAGCGAGCGUGAGAUGGAGUGGUUUCCCAUUUGGGGGGGUGACCUCGGCCAUAGGGAAACUGGCCAGCCACUGCCACCUCAGCACUUACAACCCUCAGACCAAACUGGCCCUGCAGAAGCAGCUGUCCAAGGCCCUGUCGGCAGGUUUCCUGGCCAGCCACAUGAACCCGGCCACCCUUUGCACCAUGGCCUCCAAUCCACUUACCCUGCGGGGGCCCCCGGGCCCCGGUCACACAGCCCUCAUCCAGAACCCCCUGCUCAGCCCCGCGCUCUUCAGGCCCGCCCCGGGGCCCCUGAGGGCCACUCACACGCCCAUCAUCUUUUCGCCGUACUAGCUGAGUUUGGACAGGCCUGGAUCAAAUUGACCUAGCCUGGACAAGCCAAACUUGGACUAGCCUGGAUCAAAUUGGCCUACAUUUAAAUUUUAGUAGAGCAGACGCUCUAGCCUUUCUAGAUGAAAAAUAAGGACCCUAAUUGGAGCUACUCUGAGGCCCUGUCCAGAAACAACC